CUUGCAGACGCCAAUUGCUGCUGAGUUUGGAAAGAAACGCUGGGCGAGGAGCGAUGGAAGGAAGGCACAAGGAGUACAGGAUCCGUUUCUCCCCCGGCUGGGUUGAGGUUGUGCAGGAUGAUGUUACUAUUCCUGGUAGAAGGGCUCUGAUAACCGGUGCAACUGGACUUCUUGGUCGAGCUGUAUAUAAAGAGUUUAAGGAGAACAGUUGGCAUGUGCUGGGCUGUGGGUACAGUCGUGCUCGGCCCAGAUUUGAAUACCUCAACCUAUUAGAUGCAGCAGCAGUGAAAGCACUCAUCCAAGACUUUAAGCCUCAUGUGAUCAUUCAUUGUGCAGCAGAAAGGAGACCUGAUAUUGUGGAAAGUCAACCAGAGUUUGCCUCACUGCUAAACGUAGUGGCAUCUGAGAAUUUAGCAAAAGAAGCUGCUGGAGUCGGAGCAUUUCUUAUUUAUGUUAGCUCAGAUUAUGUUUUUGAUGGAACAAGCCCACCUUACAGGGAAGAUUCCGUACCAAAUCCCUUGAACCUUUAUGGCAAAACAAAACUUGAAGGAGAGAGAGCAGUAUUGCACAAUAAUGAAGGUGCUGCAGUUCUUCGAGUGCCAGUGCUAUAUGGAGACGUGGAAAAACUUAGUGAAAGCGCAGUCACAAUUCUGUUCGAUAAGGUGCAGUUUAGCAACAAGUCAGCAAAUAUGGACCAUUGGCAGCAAAGGUUUCCAACAUAUGUCAAAGAUGUUGCUAGUGUUUGCCUUCAAUUAACAGAGCGUAGACUUCAGGAUCCAUCUAUUAAGGGUAUAUACCACUGGUCUGGAAAUGAACAGAUGACCAAAUAUGAAAUGACUUGUGCCAUGGCAGAUGCCUUCAACCUUCCCAGCAGCCAUCUGCGUCCAAUCACAGAUGAGCCUGUUGGGGCAACUCCUCGGCCAUGGAAUCCCCAGCUUGACUGUUCCAAAUUGGAGAAAAUAGGCAUUGGUCAGAGAACACCAUUCAGAGUGGGCAUUAGGGAAAGCCUUUGGCCAUUCUUAGUGGACAAGAGAUGGAGACAAACAGUCUUCCAUUAGAUGCUAGAUAUUUCCCUGAAGAAAUAAAAAUAGAUAUUUCUACAUUUUUCUUAAAGAAAAUUAGUUUUAUAUGUUAGUGGUUAAAAAAAAAAGUAAUAUUAAUAACUGUGUUGGCAGUUGAUGAUCUUUUUUUUUUCUCUCAAAUUGUAAGUUUAUCAGAUCAAGUUCUGCUUAAAAGGGUGCCUAAAGAUGCUUAGGUAUGAUAGUGGAGAUAUUUGCCUUUAAUUCUGUCCCAAGCGUUUUUUUUUUUUUUUUUUUUUUUUUACUUUCGUUGCUCUUUAACUGCUAAUGCAAGUUAACAGGUACCCUUAACAUUUUGAAGCACUUAGAAACUUCAUAUGACUCAUUCUUGUUAGUGUCUUGAAUCUCCAUUACAUUAAAAAAAAAAACUAUAGGUAAAUGAUGGCCCUGCUAAAACAAAUUCCUAUCAAGAUGACCCAGUGAUUCUUUAGGGUUAAGAAAAAUGCUGUCCACCAAGCAGUGAUGCCUUUUUUCACACUGAUGCCCUCGGGUGUGUACACAUUUGUAGUUCUGCAAUAAAUGUUUGGCACAUAUGCUUGACCCAGUUAUUGGGGAUCUUGGUUAACAAUGUGCGUGCUCUCUCAGAGGGUAUUGUAAACCGCUCCAGGUAUUGAUCAUGAAAAAGGUAUCUGUUCUGCUUUUCCAGCCAUUGGUAAAUACAUUGAGCAGGGGUACCCAUAGUUACCAAAUACCACUAGCGCGCCAUAAGUAUACAUUAUAUGUUAGGAUAUUCUUGGGCUGUUCCACCAGUGAGACAGUGCAAAUGCAAAAUAAUACUCAAACUGCUUGUUUGACAGCUUCCAUUACAGCACUGUCGAAACAUUAAUGAAUAAUGUUUAUUUUGGGUUGUGCUGUAUGCCAUAUUUGCUUUGGAAUGAUUCCUAUGUCAGAAAUAGCAAAUGUAGCUGCUGUUACUCCCUGUCCUUCAUAUAUUUCUAUAGUGACCAUACACUGGCUGACUGUCCCAUGGGCCUAAAGGGUGGAUAUUGCACCUUUCUAUUAUCCAUUUGUUUGGGUCAGCAGUUUAAAGAAUUGGUACUAGUGAGAAGGAGCUGCCAGUGCAGCAUGCAUUGGCUGACAUGGAUGAAAUUUUCAAACCGUCUUGAUCGACAAACUGACCAAUAUCCACUGUACAAAAAUAUCUGUUGAGAUUGUCUGCCCAACACCUAAAUCAGUGUUAUCAGUCGUUUAUGGCUAGCUUCCUGUCUAUAAUGAAACUAUUGUCUGUACCAGUUGAAGAACCUCUCAAUUCCUUCCUCAGCUAUGUGUUUAUGUAACUAUGUUUCUGCUCUGCAUGGCUUUAGCCCCUUUGACAAUACAAGGAAAGUAUAUGAAACUGUACUUUUGGAGUAAUAGAGAGGCAUAAAGCUGAAUGUCCUGUACUGUGCCAGGUCAGGGAUUGCAGUGGUGGGUGAUUAAAGUAAAGGCUCAAGGAUAAAUUCCAUGCACACAGAAAUAGCUGUGAGAGGUUAUCUGAGUUGUGCCAUUUGCUCUGCAUUACAGUACUGUUUGUAUUUGUCUCCAUCAGUUUAUUGGUUGUGUAACGGCAGAUGUGAACAAAUGUUUCUGUCUGCAGAAGAACCCUCUUUUACCUUCUCUGGCUGUGAAACUCUUAUGUAUUUUUGAACUGUUUUUGUUAAGUACAGAAUAAAAUAUAUUUGUGAAAUUAAA